GGAGGAUAUACUAGCUUCUCUGGCUGAAACUUUUGCAAAAAUUUUAAUUUUUAUGAAAAAUUAUAAGUUAUAAUGGUCUGUUCAAAAUUCAUCAUUUUGAAAAGCAAUCAUUUAUUUUAUUAGAAUAUUUAUUUUCUUUGAAAAUUUAAGGUAAGGAAAUAAAAUGGGUCCACUAAUUCAAAAUUAACUACUUUUGCCCAAAAAUUGAUUUUCCCCCGUAUCUUUUUUUUCUUUUCCCCUUUACAAAAAUUUCCUUGAAUUAUCAUUAUCAUUAUUUGUUUCAAGAAACAAGAUCAAAAAUAGCUAAAAUGCCGAGGCCUCUUAUUUGCCUCUCGUUUUACAACCGCCACCAAACAAACCCCUGAAACCCGGUGCUUUGCUUACCCCUUCUCACACCGCCCCUCUCUUCUCCUCCUACGCAUUAUUUUCUCCCCUUCUCUCAUCACUUCUUCUUCUUGCGGAUUGCGUUUCUAGAUUUUCGUGGUCCAUCGAUAAAUUCCGUAAUUGAUGUAGACCUGGAAGCAAUAGCAGGGUCGUCCUCUUUGUCGUCGUGGUCGUAGUCGUGUGUCGUCCUUGGAUUUAGAUGUGGAGAUUAGUGGAAUUCUUAAGCUGUAUUCGUUAAUCCGAUUACAGUUCCAGAUUCCUCGUUUUCCGUGAAAAUUUUUCUAUUUUGAAGAAGAAUUCGGGAAAAUUUGGGCAGAAAAGAACAUGGGCUACUUGAACUCUGUUCUUCCGAGUACCAGCGGAGCUCAGGCUGAUGGCUUUAUUGUCAGCGGUGGAGGCCUCAGUCACAAUGGGAAGUUCAGCUAUGGAUAUGCUAGCUCUCCAGGGAAAAGAUCGUCGAUGGAGGACUUCUAUGAAACCAGAAUUGAUGGUGUUGAUGGAGAGACUGUUGGUUUAUUCGGAGUUUUUGAUGGUCAUGGUGGAGCUCGAGCAGCUGAGUAUGUUAAACAACAUCUCUUCAGCAAUUUGAUUAAUCAUCCCAAGUUCAUCACUGAUACAAAGUCAGCAAUAGCUGAUGCAUACAACCAUACAGACUCAGAGUUUUUGAAAUCUGAGAAAAAUCAGAAUCGUGAUGCUGGGUCAACUGCUUCAACAGCUGUUCUUGUUGGUGAUCGUUUGCUAGUCGCGAAUGUUGGUGACUCCAGGGCUGUUAUUUGUCGGGGAGGAAAUGCUAUAGCUGUUUCACGAGAUCACAAACCUGACCAGACAGAUGAACGACAACGAAUUGAGGAUGCUGGAGGAUUCGUGAUGUGGGCUGGAACAUGGCGGGUAGGAGGUGUUCUUGCUGUUUCACGUGCAUUUGGUGAUAGACUUUUAAAACAGUUUGUUGUUGCUGAUCCAGAAAUUAAGGAAGAGGUGGUUGAUGGUUCUCUAGAAUUCCUCAUCCUUGCAAGUGAUGGACUAUGGGAUGUUGUCUCAAAUGAGGAGGCUGUUGGGAUGAUUAAACCCAUUGAAGACCCAGAACAGGCAGCAAGGAUACUGAUGCAGGAAGCUUAUCAAAGAGGAAGUGCAGACAAUAUUACAUGCGUUGUGGUGCGAUUCCUAGCCAGCCAGACUAACAAUACGCUGGAAGGAAAGCAAUAGAAUGGUCACUAUUUGCUUUCGUCCUUGUAACCCUAAUGCUUGCAACUAAUGUGAGAUUGGAGUGGACUUACAUCACUGGUCAAACAACCUGCAGAGAAUCUAGUCUUAAGGUAGAAUUCGGCUUGAUGUCAAAAUACUCAGAAGUCUGUAUUUGUUCAUUCUAUGUCCUUAUCAUGUCUAACCUACUCAAUUACGUCAAAAACAUGAUUCUGUUGCAUGAAUUGUAAGAAUAAGGUCAGCUAUUUAUUGUAGCUAACAAUUUGAUGUCUGAAUGCUUAUAUACAGUGAAUUUAUUGUGUCA